GCAGAAAAAUAUGACUUGGAGAGAUCUGUCUCUUUCAGAGCGAGGAAGUUAAGGUGUGAGCUGACCUCAUCUUUCAAAGCAUUUGCAGGGAAGUGAAAAUCAAGCUUAAACAGAGAGGCACUUGUUUGACCCAGAUGAAGAGCGUGAAUUAGUUACUUCUGAAGCCAAACUUGGUCAGAGAAGCACCAUGGCCUGUGCCGAUGUUGAAAUGGAAAUCGAUGAGGACGAAGGGGCCCCAGGCAGACCCCUCCCGAGAGAGCCGCCGAUGAUGCAACUGUACCAAGCUUCAGAGCUCUUACCGGACCAGAAAGGGCCUCUGUACAACCUGUUGCAGAAAAAACAACCUGCAGUAUUGGGGUCUCUGCAGAUGGUGAGUGGUCUCCUGAGUGUUGGAGUGGGAAUUAUUUUUGCAUUAACCCAAGAGAUGGAAGGCUCUUUGUUCAAUCUGUUUAGAGUUUCCCACCUGACUGGAACCCUUUUCAUCAUUGCUGGAGCUGUUUCCCACCUGAUUUUCAAAUAUCCAGAAUUGCUAAGUGUGUCCCUCAUGGCUAACUCGGGCUGUAUUAUUGUAGCUGUAGUUUCAGCUUGUCUGAUAAGUGUUGACCUGGCUUACUGGCGCAGAGAAAAUGAUCAGCAUUUGAGGAUGGAAGUGCUGGAAUUCUGUGUGUUGGGACUCGAGGUUUGUCUCUCUGCAAUCCUUUGCUUCUGGAUCUAUAAAGAGAAACGGGCCAAAUCAUCAUCAAGCUGAAGAAGACAUUUGAAACAAACUUCGUAAUUCAAAUAAAUUAUUUGGAUAGGACACUGGGGUUGUAUAUUAGUGCUGAAUAUAAUCUAGGUCUCUGUAAUAGCAGACUUUUUUGUUGGUUUGUGUGGCUUUCUGUUCCAUUGCGAUUGCCUGUAUAGGGGCAUGGGGCUGUGGUCUGCGCCUAAAAGUCUCACGAGGACACAGAAAUUGUGGUAAAUGAAUGUAAGCUCUCUCAUGUGAAGAAAAAAACCCUCCUCAUCCUUCGUCUCUCUGUGCAACGGUAAUAAUGAUCUAUAUGCAAAGGUCUCUGUGUGUGGUUUGACACUCAUGCUUUAGUAUCAGUGGAAAUAUCUGCAAGGUUUUUUUUUCAGAUGCGUAUACACUUCCAGCUGGUUUCACACACAGAAAGCUUUACCAAUCAAAGGUUAUGCGGGUAUGCGAGAAAUACGCAAAAAGUGUCAAACUUAACUGCUGUAAAGACAGAAAUACAACGUUAUGUUUUUAAACAUUUUAAUCACCUGUACAAACGUUUCAUUACAAAGGACUGGCAACAAAAUAAAAGAAACAUGACAGUUAAACAUUGA